AUGGAGAAAGUUCGGUCCACGCAGCUCAAAUUCAAAGGAGACAAGAUAAAGAAGAAGCGCAAGAGAGAACACCACGAUGAAGGUUCCUCCAGCAAACGUGUAGACGAAGACGAGGACCCGGAAACCUGGGUUCUACCGGAGAAUGCAGCAGAAAUUCGCGGGCCUACUUUCAUUGUACACCCUUCUGAUCCUUCGCCCAUAUCAGUGAAUUUUGAUUCUACAAGAAACAAGAUUAUAUUGUCAUCUCUGGACAAGGACUCGACAUCUGAUACCCCGCCAUUACUUGAUCGCACACCUACAGAGGUAGCUCAGGUCUGGGUUACAACGCGCGUCGCGGGAUCGGCUACUAUCAACCUUCGGACGGGCACUGGCGAAGGAAAGUUUCUGUCUUGUGACAAGCAUGGUAUUGUCAGUGCUUUUAGGGAAGCGCGAGGGCCCGAGGAGGAGUGGACACCUGUUCUUUUACCCGAUGGCAUGGUAGCCUUCAUGAACGUGUAUGAAAAUUAUCUCAGUGUUGACGAGGUCGCAGGAGGUUCGCUCCAGCUGCGAGGCGACAGCGAAGAAGUCGGGUUUCGGGAGCGGUUUUGGUUAAAGAUCCAGAGCAAGUAUAAGAAGGAGGCGCAUGAGGAGAAGAAGAAAAGAGAAGCAGGCUCGGAGUUGACAGUCAUAGAUGAAACUUCCACCAAUCAUGUUCACCAAGCCUGGGGAGCUGGUCGUUCGGUAGUGUCGAAAGAGGAUAGGAGAGAGCUCAAGCGUGCACGCAAAGAGGGUCGCUUGGCAGAGGCGUUGCUGGACCGACGAGCGAAUGAUCGAUUUUGUUGA